AUGAGUGACCUAGACAAGGCGAUCGCGCAACUACGCGCUUGUCGUUUGAUACCCGAGACGCAAGUUCGAGAACUCUGCUACAAGGCGCGAGAAUUACUGAUAGAGGAGGGAAAUGUUGUCUGUGUGGAUGCCCCCGUCACGAUUUGUGGAGAUAUUCAUGGCCAGUUCCAUGACCUUAUGGAACUCUUCCGUGUCGGAGGGGAUGUUCCCGACACCAACUAUCUGUUCAUGGGCGACUUCGUUGAUCGCGGUUUUUACUCUCUUGAAUCCUUCCUUCUCCUCCUCUGUCUCAAAGUUCGUUAUCCGGAUCGCAUGACGUUGAUCCGUGGAAACCAUGAAUCCCGCCAGAUCACAACCGUUUACGGCUUCUAUGACGAGUGUAUCCGCAAAUAUGGCAGUGCCAAUGUAUGGCGGUAUUGCUGUGAGGUAUUUGAUUAUCUGGCACUAGGUGCCAUCGUUCUUGGCGCAAGCUCGGAACUUGAACCUUCUGGCCCCGUGGUUAAUGAUUCGACUCAGUCCACCAUGGCCAUCGAUGAUGGGGAAUUAGAGACCGAGGUGUUGAACUCGAAAGGGGAGGUUACGAUGAGCACCUAUCGACAGAGACAGCGCGCGUUGUCGGAUACCUCUACAGAUUCUAGAAACAUCUCACCCCCGAGGGACAUCUCAGUCGCCCCAGGCCAAGCCCCCACUAGAACAGGUGCCCCCGGCACGGGAGCUUCGGGAGAUGGAGCAGGCAGUCUGUCCAACAAAACAGGUGCCAUUCUUUGUGUUCAUGGUGGUCUCUCACCGCUUAUCGACACGGUCGACAAGAUCCGCCUGAUCGAUAGAAAGCAGGAGGUUCCCCACGAAGGUGCCAUGUGUGAUCUGUUGUGGUCGGACCCCGACGAAAUCGACGGCUGGGGAUUGAGUCCGCGUGGUGCUGGGUUUUUAUUUGGCGGCGAUAUCGUGAAACAAUUCAACUACAAAAACGACUUGUCGCUGGUUGCGCGUGCUCAUCAGCUCGUAAUGGAGGGCUACAAGGAAAUGUUUGACGGUGGGAUUGUCACUGUCUGGUCGGCCCCGAAUUACUGCUACCGCUGUGGAAAUGUCGCUGCCAUCCUGGAGCUGGGCGAAGAUACCAGUAACGGAGGCACAGUUACCAGAAGUAACGGGGACUACGGGCGAAGCAAUGGUGCAUUAGCGACAGAUAAGCCUGGAAUGAGGAGCCCUGGACGGAGAUACAGGGUAUUCGAGGCAGCUGCGCAGGAUACUAGAGGCAUGCCUGCGAAGAAACCUGUUGCUGAUUAUUUCUUGUGA